AUGCAGGAAGGAAAGAAGGUAUAUGGAUUCACUAUUUCUCUAUAUGAAUACGAAGCAACAAUCCCAACGUUGUGGAGUGCCGUCAAAGAGUUCAUCCACGAAAAUCCUGGUCUUGUUCCUUCCGGAAACGCUAUGCAAUUCCUCUCCGAUGACAGGGGCGAGAGUUACAACAGGUGUCACUUCUGGAGUAACUUUGAGAUCGGUGAUCUUGAUUUCUGGAGAGGAGAGGCAUACACGAAGUUCUUCGACUUCCUGGACCAGAAAGGAGGUUUCUAUUACGAGCGCUGGGGAGAUGCUCCUGUGCACAGCAUAGGUGCAGCUCUGUUUGCCAAGAAGGAACAAAUUCAUUUCUUCAAAGAAAUCGGUAAAGUUGCCGCUCUGUCGCAUCAGAUGUUGUAUACUUAA